GAUAUUUUGGUGUUUCUAGUUUUGCAAUGGAACCCAAAUCGCCUUCAAAAUCGAAACUUCCAACCGUGGGAUUUAUUCAUAAUCGCCGAGUACUUAAAACCGGUAUAACCCUUUUCGUGGUUUUGCUGUUAGUAGCUAUUGCCUAUUAUUUGAUGUUUAGACCUGAAAUGGCUUACAAUGUGCCAAAAAGUUCGUAUUUUACUGUUGUAAUUGAUUGUGGAAGCACUGGGACAAGAGUUAAUGUCUAUGAAUGGACUGUAAGUAGCGGGGUAAGUCACCGGAACUUGCCCAUUUUGCUACAUUUUUAUCCUGAUAAUUCGACCAGACGUGAUUUUCGGGAAGUUGGUUGUCAAUAUCACUGCAUGCAAACGGAGCCUGGUUUAGAUAAAUUUGUUGGUAAUGCUUCUGGGGUGAGGGCUUCCUUGGAGCCAUUGAUUCUCUUGGCGGAACAAUGGGUGCCUUUGGAUAGACGUAGAGAUACUCCUAUUUUUGUUCUAGCUACUGCUGGAAUGAGGAGGUUGACCAUGGAGGAUGUUGGUCGAGUUUUGGUAGAUGUAGAGGCUAUUGUAAAAGCACAUGACUUUAUGUAUAGAAAAAGUUGGGUUCGGGUGUUGAGUGGGAAAGAAGAAGCUUAUUAUGGUUGGGUUGCGUUGAACUUUAAAAUGGGGACGUUUGGGAAUUUUUUAAGGUCAUCCACAUUGGGACUUUUAGAUUUAGGAGGUUCUUCGUUACAAGUGGUGAUGGAAAUAGAUGACACUAGAGAGGAUGAACAAGUUUUAAGGUCAAAGGUUGGCUCAGUUGAAAAUUGGAUUGCAGCGUACUCAUUGCCUGCUUUUGGUCUGGGUGAAGCUUUUGAUAGGACUAUUGUUAUGCUCAGUCAUACUCAGGCAUUGAGAGAAACUGCUGGUGGCACAUUUGAAGUUAGUCAUCCUUGUCUCGGUUCCAGUUUUGUGCAAAAUUACACUUGUCGUGGUUGCUUCGUGGUAAAUUCCAAGGAUUCAGAAAAUUUAAGUAGUCAAAUGAGAGAGAGUUUUUUUAAUCCAAUAAUUCUGGUUGGAGAGCCAAACUGGGAGCAGUGCAAAAUACUUGCAAGAGCUGCUUCCAUCAAUUCAAGCAGUUCAAAUUGGUCACCUCUAAUAGAUCAUUCCAAUUGCACAGGCAAUAACAUACUCAAUUUGACAAGAAGUACCCACCCAACUGCACGCUUUCAUGCUCUAUCUGGAUUUUUUGCAGUUUACAACAUGUUAAAUUUGAGCCCAAGCGCGAACCUGACUAAGAUUUGGGAAAAAGGUGAGGAGCUAUGCUCAAGAUCAUUGGCUGACUUGACCAGCAUUUCUGAAAACCGACAUUAUGCUGGACAAUAUUGCUUCAAACUGCCCUAUAUGGCAUCACUUAUUGAGGAUGCUUUGCGUCUUAAAGAAACCGAGAUAGUGUUUGGCCCUGGUGACGUUUCUUGGACAUUAGGAGCUGCACUGAUUGAGGGGGAAUACCUAUGGCUUGGUACUACCAAGGCUCGGAGUGGCAUUUUAACUCGAACCCUAGGAAAUAAUGGGGCAAUUUUAUCCCCCAUUUUUUUGUUUGUUAUACUUUUAUUCCUUAUAUCAAUUGUUUACUGCAGUCNGUGUCUUAAAGAAACCGAGAUAGUGUUUGGCCCUGGUGACGUUUCUUGGACGUUAGGAGCUGCACUGAUUGAGGGGGAAUACCUAUGGCUUGGUACUACCAAGGCUCGGAGUAGCAUUUUAACUCGAACCCUAGGAAAUAAUGGGGCAAUUUUAUCCCCCAUUUUUUUGUUUGUUAUACUUUUAUUCCUUAUAUCAAUUGUUUACUGCAGUCAGAUCAAGCUACCCAUGCUAGGCAGGAAGGUUGCUGCUGUUGGGGCAUCUCUUCCAUCUUAUACAUGCACCAAGCACCGCCCAAUCUAAUUUUUUGGCUGGCAUAUGUGCACUGGUUGCUAAAAAGGGUGUUAAUUUUUUAGACAAUUUUGGUAAAAACUUUGUUCUGUGGAUUUGGGUUGAGGUUAGAGAUUGCUUGCGGGAUGAUAGCUUGACC